AAACACCAACCUCAUUCAGAUGUUCCUGCACUACAAGCUGAGGUAGUCUGCCCUGUUUUCACAGCCUGACUCGACUCUAUGUUACUGUAAGGAACCAUCAUUUUGCCUUUUUCCUUGGAUAUAAAUGACUGAUUGCCAAAUGGGUAAGAUCUCAUUAGUUUUUCUUGCUGUUUUCAUACUUUUUGUUUAAUUUUAGGUUUUCAUAUGGAGUUCAAAAUAUAAAUUGUCUAUUGUUUCCCAUGCACAGAAUUAUAAAUGUUACUUAACCUCAGCCACAACACACUUUGUACGGUACUUUUCAUCUGCUAGAUGUGUCUUUUUACUCAUGGCUAUCUUUGCAGAUGAUUAUUUUACAUGAUAUUUUUGGUGCCAAAUGUGAAGUGAUGUACACAUCAGGAACCAUAGUGAUUGGAAAAUAGUGAAAUGACUUAUUUUUAAUUACAUUUAAGCUUCUCUUUGUACAAAUGUGCAUCUACUCACACAUUUUGCAUUCUGGGGUGUGGUUUGACAAUACAUAAAAAAGCAGGACCUACCUUAGGGUUGAAUGUGAAAACAGGUGCCUUUAGUGUAUUAUAAUGCAGCACAGGUCUAGUCGUAUGUACUGUACUUAUGACUGUGUGAUUAUUGUAUGAAACAAAGCACAGUCCACACAGUGGGAUCUUUAGCUGAAAUAGGGAAGAGGCAGUCACGUUCAGACCUUACAGGACCGCAUGCCACCGACAAUGAUAUAAAACAGAAGUUGAUAAAUUUAGUUUGACACUACAACAAUCCACCUUUAGUGUCAGGCUGUCAAUCUUUUUCUGUAUGUAUAUUGUGAUUUGAUGGAUAAGACUACAAUUUUUAAUCAUGUCGACAAAAAGUUGGGUAAUUUAUGCCUGUCAGUGUUGUUGCACAAGAUGAGGAAGUGUGGGAAGCUAUAGUCCAAGCAUCAACUCUAUACUGCUUAAGUUUUGAUAGUUUCACCCUGUAAGAAUGUAGUCUCUCAGGAUGAAACCGGCCUUUUCUUUGUGUUUUUCACUGGGCAAAACCCUUCACCUGCAGGAAGCACCUUUGUGCUCUUAGGUUUAAAGUAUAAGAAACCCUCAGCUGUGUUCUUCACCAAACUACCGAAGCUGAUGAAGUUAUUUUCAUUACUUCUGUUUCUGCUUUGUGGGAACUGCUCAAUGUGUGCUGGUGUUAAAAUUGGUUCUGACAUAUUCAUAAAGCUCUUUCUUUGUGGCUACCAAGUUUAGCAUCCUUAAGACGCAAUCAGCGAAUGUCUCUAAAUAAUCCUCUAUGCUGAUGAUGCUUUUUAUGUUACUUCUAGUUUUGGUUCUCUGAUUGCUGAGGUCCAUUAGCUAAAGCACCUUUUUAUAUAUAAAUAUAUACCAUAAGAUUGUUGUGUUCUCAUCGUGUGAUUGUUUUUUUUUUUUUCUUAAUACCUCUUAAGCCUGGUUUACAAAUCGGCAUCCAAUCUCAGCUGUAGAAAGCCCCAUAGGUUUACAAGACGCAUCUGGCAUUAUGUGCACUAGAGCAUGACACGGGAGCAGAUUUUCACUCCUGUCCCGUCCCACUCUCAGAGAAAAAAUCCCGUCCUGUCCCAAUCCUGGACCAGAGUAAAAAAAUUAAUCCCGUCCUGUCCCACUCCCGUAGAAUGACUCCCACUCCCAUCCCGCUCCCACUUAAAAUUACUCCCACUCCUGUCCCGCUCCUGUCUGAAUAAAACCAAACAGGUUGAAAAAACGUUGCAUUUUUUAUUUUAGGUAAAAGUGCACUGCAUAUAAAAGGCAUUGCCUUUAAGUUUCACAUGCCUGACAUUCAGUGGCGUUUCUAGACUAAAUUACUCCCCGGGCGAGGGGUCUAAAACUAAAACCUGACCUUUCUUGCCUCCUUGAUGCAAAAUCAUCAAUAAUCUCGUCAUAAGAAAUCUGCCUCCCUAUUAACCCAUUAAGACCUGAACCCUGUCCGAGCCGCUCCUCUGAAAUCCUGAGGGCAAUUUUGAGAAGGGCCUGAGGUUUUCUGAAGUGUAUAGGUUUACAAAAAAGCUGAUAUCUCAGCCUCUGUCGCAGAUAGAAACAGAAUUCAAAAAGUAUUUGAGAGCUUACAGGCUUACAGGUGUGGCUUUCAAGAAAGCUAUUUAUUAUUUGUCUGAACCUUCAUCACAUUAUUGAAAACCUUCAACAAACAAACUUAAAUGGAAUAAAGCGGCUGUAUAAAUAAAAUUAAAGACUCUGCACUGGCAAAUAACAAACUAUUUGCUUUCUGUAAAACAAGUGGCAGUCAUGAUAAAGUGUCCAUUCAACACAAAUGUAAAUAUAAAAAAUAAAGUGUUGAAAGGGUAUACAGCUGCCCUAGAAUAGUGCCAGUACAAGACCAGCGCUUAAAACUAUAAAAAUGAAUAAAUAAAUAAAUAUGUGGCUGACAGUGUGUUCAUCUCUGUGCACACCCAAAGUCAUGCAACACUCACAGAAAAAGGCUGAUAGUGUGAACCAAAGCACUCCAUAUGAAGAGGUUGUUCACACUGUUGGAUGUUUCUCCUCUGAAGCUGCUGUCUGCCUCCGUAGUUUUUUACUUUACUCUUGAAGCACGUAGCAAGAUCCAAGCAUGAAUCCGAGCGCUUUAUUUGCCUAUCAGAGGUAGACAGGUAUGGUGAUUUGAGUCCCAAGACUCGUUAAGAAAUGAUUAAAAAACUACAGAAUGUCACAAAAUGACGUAUCCGCGCUCCCGGCUUGAAGGGUAGAAAUGCGCAGCCACGCUCUCGGCUUGGAAGGCUGAUAUGCGGACAUACUGUCCCGGUUUAAAUGGGUUAAAUGAUUGAUGCUGAUGACGGCAAGGCCAGUGAGCCGUUCCUGAGACAUGGUUGACCUUAGGUAUGACUUCACUUCAGUUUUGAGAAGCUCCUCUCUGCUUGAGACACCGUGACUGGCAGAGUGAGAGCAACCCUGAGAGCAGAGCUGUCCCCCGCGACCCUCUCCCCGCCUCGUCUCAUACAGUCUGUCAGCCUCUGUGCAGCACCUUCGCAGCAAGCAGGGGCGCGUACAGCAGCAGGGGGCACCAAUUUGACAAGAGUUAAUACAAAACCGCUUUGCGGUGCAGAUUUAUUAUUAUUAUCUUUUUUCUUUCUUUUUUGGAAGUGCUCGUGCCGCCCCCCAUGAGUCAUGACACAAAAGUUGUCCCGGGCGGCUGCCCGGUUCGCCCGUGCCUUGAACCGCUACUGUAUAUGUAUAUAUUCUUGUUGAGGUAACAUGUGAGAACUACAUCAGUUAUGUGUGUCGCCGGCAGCCGCUCCGAGUCGCUUUUGACUUCCUGUGGUGACAGGAAGUCACUGUGUUGCUAGCGCGGUCAAGAGUGUUGGCUUUCACUGUGAGAUGACUACAAAAAUGAACGCAUCUGUUCAUCUGGUUGUUUAACACAACUGAAAAUGAUCAUCUAUCAAUGUUGUUCCCGCUCCUGCCCGCUCCCGUUGCUUUUUUUCCCAUCCCGUCUCGAUCACGGGAUUAUUUAAAAAAUGACCCCUGUCCCGUGGGAUUCCUGCGGGAAUCAUGUGACCCACGGGAAUUCCCGAAAAAUGUCAUCUUCUAGUGGCUUUGUGACAACUUCUCCUCAUGUCAAAUCUGUAGCAUCCAUGGAAAUAUACCACUCUUAUACUGCAUGAUUUGAUGAUUACUCUUCCUCCCAGGACAGAGCUGAAAUUUUGUAGGAACUUCAAGAGAAUUUAAAAAGAAAAAAUUAAAAAGAAAAAACACAUUUUUGAUCUGUUUGCUUAUGUGGCAGCACCUAUGGCACAUUGACAUCUUUAGCUUUUUGUGACAGAUUGUGGAAGUAAGUGGGUGGAUUUCCAUCAGCAUCAGUGUCAAAGUUCAUGCUGCCAAGACAGUGGUUCUGAAACAAAAAGGUUGUCAGGAUUUCAGGUUUUCAGUUCAUGACUAUCACGUACAUGUUUUCAUUAAAAAAAGGAAAUUAAGCAUGGAUGACUUGCUUUCUUUUAGUGGUCUUAUCAAUACCACUAGCCCUGUGACAGAAACUCACUGCCCUUUUCAACAUGAGUUACACAAGUUACACAUCAUCCACAGCACACCAUCUUUUCCACGAAAUCUAAAAAAAUCUCCAAAAGUGAUCUUCUUUAUCAUCUUAUUUAUCUUCAAGCACCAACAUGAGGCUGAGUGGUUCAGUGUAUAUUCAGCCAAGUGUUGUCAAACUUGUCGGGGAGGUUUGUAAAAGUUUUGGUGACCCCUUAGCUUUUCACAAAAUGCCAUAAUUGUUUCUGCAAACAAAUAACUAAUUAAGCAACAACAUUCAGACAGCCAAGUCAUGCUUUGUUAUUCAUGCCAUUUUUAGAGGCUCCUGUGUGGGGAUUUUUUCUGUCUAUAAAAUGGACUAAAAUUCAUGGUGAUGCUUUUUUAUGGUGUACAAAACUAAAAAAACACCAUAAUCAACAAGACUGACAAUUUUUGUUGUGGUAUUUUUAAAGUCUGACACCAGUGUUUUAAGCUUCAAUUUUGUGGCUGUUUUCAUAUUUUAUACAUGUUGAUUGUUACAAUAAAUGAAACAUUUAACUAUGAAGAGUCAACAAUACAAUGUAAAAGGAUAAGCAAGGAGCUUUAAAGUCCCACUCCGAUAUCUUUUUUUUUUUUUUUUUUUUUACUACUUAAAGUGUUAUCAGUGGUCUUUAAAUUGUGAUUAUGAAGUUUUUAGUCAAAAUCACAUUACUUGUCUUUGGGGACAUGAUAAAAGUUAAUAUCAAAAUUAGCCUUCUCACGAACAUUGCAAUCCACUCACGCACACUUGUUCUAUGAUCGUCCUCUCCGUGUUUCCAAGUCUGGCCCGCAUAGCAGGGCUCCUGGGGCGGAGCUUGGAUUUGCUACGUAGGAAAUCUCACUGUCUGAACCUGUCGAUUGGGUCUGCCAGAGAUUCACAGCGAUUUGAAUGCAGAAAUAAUCAGAAAUGCAAUUUCACACUUUGUUCGCUCAUGACAUGUCCUGUAGCAUCAGAAAAAUGCCAUAGGCCUAUAGACAGCAAGAAAAACACGAUUUACAUCAGAGUGGGUCUUUAAAUAAACUUCUUGUUUAAACUAGUCUUUGGGGUCAGUGAUCUUUUUUUUUCCCUUUUUUUUAUAUUUUCAGAAACUGAAUCAAAUGAGUCAAACCGUGCUGAAUUGAUGUUGAGUAUGUUGUUGGAUACGUUAUUUGUCACCAAGCAGCUCUGAAGUAGUUUGCAGUGAGCUUGCAUGACUGUAGAAUGUCUUUGAUUCACCGUGUAUCUCUUUAAUGUGGGAGUGUAUCAGUGUGACUAUUGACAAAUGGGAAUAUCCCUCCACACAGCAACCAAGCUGUUUGCAUGCUCACAUCCUCUUCUUUUUUUUUUUUCUUUAUAAAUAGUAUUUGAGGUCAUAUUUGGUGGUUACAGAUAUCUUUCCAGUGAAAACCACACCACCUGUCUCACUCAUCUUGUCCAAACUAUUCCACAAAGGGCCAUGUGGCUGCAGGUUUUUCUUCCAACCAAGCAGCAGCACACCAGCCUUGAUUCAUUUCAUCCGCUGAGCUCAGUCUUCAGACAGCUGAUUGGUCAGACUGCGUGCUCUUGAUUGGAUUGGAAGAAAAACCUGCAGCCACACCAGCUCUUUGUGGAAUAGUUUGGACAUGCCUGUAUCUAGGGAAAUCUCCCUUCCUUAUGCUUGACUUAUUUUUUUACAUUAAACCACAAUAAAACUAGUUACAGGUACAAAUACAGACCAACAAAUUUGUUAGAGGACUUUUCACAUUUCCUUCAUUUAACUCCUAUUUUGCAAUUUUUAUUUUUAUUUUAUUUUAUUUUUUCAGUUUCCUCAGAUUUCACAGCAGACGAGAAGAUGGAGAUUGAGAGCAUCAAGACGUAUAAGAAGGACCUUUUAGAUGACAUCCAGGUACAAACAGGUUUUACGUAUACAUCUCUUAAUUUCUUUUAGGAGACAGGAAAACAUAUAUUGAGGACUUUUUUUUUUCUGCCUCAUCCAGAAAUUAAAGAUGGAGAUUGACAACGUCAUGGCAGAAAUACUCAGCUUUGAGUCUGCAGAGGAAAAGUGAGUAUUAAUCCUGAGAGCCCCUCAUGCCUCUGUAACACACCAGUUAUUCUUUUAUCCAAAACCUCUUUCAGAAAGAACAUCAAAAAGCUCCCACAAACCUUUCACUUUCACAGAGGAUUCAGUUUCACUAUUACCUGUGUAACAUCCACCUCCUGAUUACUCCUUUACCACAAGUUUUUGAAACUAAAUAUAGAUUUUUAUAAAGAUGAAGUUCAAGAAAACUUUUUUUUUUUUCAUUUUAUUUAUUCAAGAAAAUCUACAAAAAAAGCCUUAAGGGAGGAAAUGUGUCCUCAGUGAUACAUAAAAUGAUAUUUCUGUUGGGCUAAAUCAACUUUAACUGCUUUUCUUUGGUGCUGACUCAUUUGGGUUGACAUAUAUUUUGCAUUAAAUCCAUUGUAUUGAAGUAACACUUAAAUGCUGUUUGAAAUCAAUCAAUCUGUCAAUCAAUUUUCAUAAUAUAUCAGCAGUUUGCACUAAAAUCCAUCUUUCCAUUAACAGUUCUACUCUUUGUUUUUACAUUAAGGACUGUUUCAAAUCUUGUUGCAGAGCUGUUUCAAUUCGUUUUGAUCUAUAUGGGAAGUUAAGAUAAGCUAUGCUAAUUAGCCAAAAGUCUUUCAUGUCCAAACUAAGCAGCAACCACUGGACUAAGUGGUUUCUGGUGCCUCUGCAGACAGCCUCAAGUGGACACUUAGGGAAAUGCAGUUAUGAAAGUUUCUGUUUGUGAGCGUGCUAUACAGGGGUGUUCCCUGGAUUUGAGGUCACUGGGGGAUUGAGCCUAGAUUUCCCACCUUCCCCCCACCCCACAGACAGAUGAGGAAGUUGAAGAAAACAAAUGUAGCCUUGGCGAACACAGACAGAACGUUGUAGAGUGCAGGAGAGUGAAUCUAUCAAUUCCUGAACAAUUAUUCGAGACUCUUGAGGGACAGAAAGCAUUUUGAAUAAAUAAUGACUAAAAACAUUUUGAUUUCAUUAUCUAAAACUUUCCUCUUCAGAAUUUGGUUCAGUGAAGUCCAUUUCUGAAUAUCAAAUCUAGAUAUAAGAGUUUUUAACCAAGUCUUGCUUUUCCUGCAGUAAGACCAUAGAAAAGGACAAACGGUUCUCAAAUGGGAAGAAGAAAUUCAACAUGGACCCAAAGAAGGUGAGUUCGGGAGUGUACUGUUAAACUAUGACCACUUAGUGUGGACAUCAUCAAGCCAAACUAACACUAUAAAGACUGCAUUUGGUUAGAAAUGACGUUUUGUUACUAAUGCAGGGUUUAGCGUGCAGCUCUUGUCUCUGAGUUUGUCGACUUCCUCCAUCUUAACCACAAUGAAGAGGGUAUGAGUCAGUGAGUUGACAGUGAAGCCGUUUCACAAAGCUGCUUUCUGUGGUUUCAGUGUCACGUCAUGCUUGGUUUCUGUAAGGGACAGAAAUGUUUGCAGCAUUAACACAAAGUAAAAGCAUUAUCAUCACUAUUCUUACUGGAAGAAGACUGACCUUUGGCUGAUGUUUUGGGGUUACUGCAUGUUACAACCAGACUUCAGAGGCUAAUAACAAAGUCUUGUGUGGUUGGGCUACUUUGCUUACUAUAUAUAUAUAUAUGUGUGUGUGUGUGUGUGUGUGUGUGUGUGUGUGUGUGUGUGUGUGUGUGUGUGUGUGUGUGUGUGUGUGUAUGUGUGAGAGACAAAUCAAGACUUGGCAUUCUUUUCGGAAUCUUGGAUCUUGGACACCACAUCCUCUGCCUUACAGAGAAGAGGGCAAUCUAGCUUGUCAUCAGCCCACAGUUAAAAAGUCAGGAUAUAUAAUUGUAUGAGGAUGCAUAGCUUACCUGGUUGCACAUCUAAAUCUUAGAUAUAGUUUCUCUUCUGCAAAUUUUGGUGCUUGUGAAUGGUAUUGUAGUUCCUGUGUGUAUGUAUCUGCAAUUUUGUGUUUUUUCUCCUGCUGCCUUGGCCAGAUCUCUGUUCAAAAAGGAGGUUUUUAAUCUCAACAGGUUAUAUAAAAGUUAAAUAAAGGAAGUAGAAGUGUCAAGCCAUGGGAAGCUUGCACAUCUGAUAAGCUCCGGUUAUCCUUUAUGAUACAUUUGCAGGUUUUGGAGCAACAUAUGCUGCCAUCCUGACAAUGCUAUUUGAAGGGAGACCUUCCACAUUCAACCACAUGGCUCAGUAGUAGAAGGUUCCAGGUGCCCUGUCUGGAAACAUCUGUCAAAUUAAGAAACAAAAAGUACAACAAAGGGGGCCUUAAAGUAUGACUGGGAUGACACUCACUUUCAGAAGUCCACAAUCUAGCCUCCUCAGUUCCUACGAUAGAUUCAUGAAUGAAAAGAGCAGAAAAACAAUACAAAACAAUACAAACAUUAUUGAUCCCCAAAGGGAAAUUCCUUCGUCUGGAAUCUCAUCUCAUUUACUUUUCAUUGUGAUGGCUGUGUGUACAAAAUAACUUCUGACUCUGAAAGAUAGAGGAGCUGUCCACCACUGUUUUUGUUUGUUUGUUUGUUUGUUUGAUGGUUUGUUUUUAAACAGGAUGUUGAGUCUGUAUUCUAGCAAAUGUUUCAUGGAGGACAUCACAUAGAAUUUCAGCUGUUGCCUUGGGUAGGAUGUAUACAAGUACUGUUAUGAUAUGACUGAGCAUCCUUGAACAUAAUACAAAUAUCUGAUACAUAUUGUAUCUAAUACAAAGUUAGUCCAUGGGAUUUUAUGGUCUAAAAAAGUUCCCAAACCUCUAUUAAUAUACAUUUAAAAUGACUGUAAAACUCUGUUAGGUUUGAUAUACAAAAUUGUCAUCCCAGAGUAUUACAAAUGCAGGAGAAGAGUUUAAAUGGCGUAAUGUAGAUUUAAGUACAUGUUUAUGUGACAGGAGAAAAAAAAAAGCAAAACGCGACAAAGUUUUUGUGAUUUUCAUCCCUCUGGUCAAUGUUACUUUAAAAAAUUGUCCUGACCGGUAUAAAAGAUGAUAUGAGAUGUGAUUGGAUAUUUUACAGAAUUUUUUUGUUUUAUCAAUUACUACAUAUUUUUAUUUCUUCAUAGCUGAAGAUGUCUUCUUUUCCUAUUUUUGGGCAAAAACGACACAUAUGCAGUUUUAAAGAAAUUAGACUUUUUUUCCCUCUUUGCACAUAAAGGGGAAAUGUGACGUGUAUUUCUAUGAGUUUUUAUUGUUUUAUGCCCACAGCUGAUGUAUUUUAAACCCUCCAGUCCUUUCAGAAGGCUGCUAUGGAGGAGAAAGGGGAAGAGAAAUUCGUUUUGAGGAAUUGGGAUUACAGAAACUGCGAGUUUGUUUAAUCAGACCAAGAGGAGAUGAGAUCAUUGUUAAACGAGAUGCACUAAACCACAGCGCAGGGUGUGUGUCUUCAGCACUUUGAAACACAAAAUGCAGUUUUCACAUGCAGAAAACAAGCUAUGAAAACAGAAAAAAAGGAAGUACAAAAAUAUACCAACAUAAACAACCCACUUUGUGUGUGUGUGUGUGUGUGUGUGUGUGUGUGUGUGUGUGUGUGUGUGUGUGUGUGUGUGUGUGUGCGCGCGCGCAGGGGAUCACUUUCCUGGUAGAGAACAAGCUGCUGGAUGGGAGUGCUCAGUCCAUCGCCGAGUUCCUCUACAAAGAAGAGGGGCUGAACAAGACGGCUAUUGGAGAAUUUCUUGGAGAAAGGUGAGGAAGGAAAGGAGGAGGAAAACAAGUUAAGGGUAAAAGGUGAGGGAGGAUAAACUGACAUGGAUGAGGCUAAAGGAACGAUGUAAAUACAAGGAGAAUAGAGGUAAAAGAGUAAGAACAGAAGGAAAAGAGAACUCCUUUUGGAGACUGAUGAGGUGAAGGAGCCAAAUGGAGCAUCUGAAAACUGGUGAACAUUUCAGAAGAAAAUGUGACAGCAAGUUAGAAAGAGUAAAAUUUAAAUCCUGUGUUUUUUUUUCUUUUCUGUCCCACAGGGAUGAGCUCCACUUGCAGACACUGAAGGCCUUUGUGGAGCUCCAUGAGUUCUCAGACCUCAACCUGGUCCAGGCCCUCAGGUAUGGGGUUCUUUAUGUCUUCUUCAUGACUUACGAUCUUGAUUGUCGUGGUGUCAUGGAUGAUCCAGAAUUGGUUGUUGACUUUUAUGAUGUCCAGGAUCUGGAAGUCCAGUCUACUGGCGUCAUAGCUUUUCCAAAGAGAAAGUAAAUUGGAUCAAAUGAUCCAGUUUUGACGCCUCAUUUCCACUUGUACGUGUGACUAGUGUCCUUAGAUAAAGGGUAUAUGGUAAUGCCACUGGUGUCUUUAAAGCACUUCCUUAGAGCUACUGCGAGAAACUUUCAGUUUGAGUCAAUGUCGGCACCCCCUGUUGACCAAACAGUAUUUCUGUAAUCUUGUCCUCUACUUUAUAAUCUCAGCCUCUUGACAGUCAAAAGUUUCAUUAAUCAUGAUUUUUUUGUUUUAAUCUGGAAACUGUUGAAAGAAGUUGUUUCUGUAGCUGAACCCUACCCUCUACCUUGAUAUAAACAUAACUAAGAUGAUUUAUUCUUGUCCUUUUCAAAACAUGUUAUCUAGAUUUGAUCCAAACCCAUCCAGUCACUUCAGCUUACCUUUACCUUUCAAAACAUAUUACUAAGAAAUGUAAGUCUAACCAGGUCACUAAAAUAAACAAGUUAAACACAAAUUUCUGCUGUCAAAAUUGAAAAUGUCCAGCAUUUUUAAGAAUAAUGUUUAGAAUUUCUUUAUUGCUAAUGCAUUUAGCCUCUGUUUCAUAUUAAACCAACUUUAAGUGAUAAAAAUACUAAAAUAAUCAAAAAUACAACAUUUGAUUUGAAAAUAUCUUCACGUCUUCCUGUCAGGGUCUCCAAUCCUAUCACUGUUACAUAACAUGACAUGUGAUCUACACUCACCGGCCACUUUAUUAGGUACACCUGUCCAACUGCUCGUUAACACUUAAUUUCUAAUCAGCCAAUCACAUGGCGGCAACUUAGUGCAUUUAGGCAUGUAGACAUGGUCAAGACAAUCUCCUGCAGUUCAAACCGAGCAUCAGUAUGGGGAAGAAAGGUGAUUUGAGUGACUUUGAACGUGGCAUGGUUGUUGGUGCCAGAAGGGCUGGUCUGAGUAUUCCAGAAACUGCUGAUCUACUGGGAUUUUCACGCACAACCAUCUCUAGGGUUUACAGAGAAUGGUCCGAAAAAGAAAAAAUAUCCAGUGAGCGGCAGUUCUGUGAGCGGAAAUGCCUUGUUGAUGCCAGAGGUCAGAGGAGAAUGGCCAGACUGGUUCGAGCUGAUAGAAAGGCAACAGUGACUCAAAUAACCACCCGUUACAACCAAGGUAGGCAGAAGAGCAUCUCUGAACGCACAGUACGUCGAACUUUGAGGCAGAUGGGCUGCAGCAGCAGAAGACCACACCGGGUGCCACUCCUUUCAGCUAAGAACAGGAAACUGAGGCUACAAUUUGCACAAGCUCAUCGAAAUUGGACAAUAGAAGAUUGGAAAAACGUUGCCUGGUCUGAUGAGUCUCGAUUUCUGCUGCGACAUUCGGAUGGUAGGGUCAGAAUUUGGCGUCAACAACAUGAAAGCAUGGAUCUAUCCUGCCUUGUAUCAACGGUUCAGGCUGGUGGUGGUGGUGUCAUGGUGUGGGGAAUAUUUUCUUGGCACUCUUUGGGCCCCUUGGUACCAAUUGAGCAUCGUUGCAACGCCACAGCCUACCUGAGUAUUGUUGCUGACCAUGUCCAUCCCUUUAUGACCACAAUGUACCCAACUUCUGAUGGCUACUUUCUGCAGGAUAUUGCGCCAUGUCAUAAAGCUGGAAUCAUCUCAGACUGGUUUCUUGAACAUGACAAUGAGUUCACUGUACUCAAAUGGCCUCCACAGUCACCAGAUCUCAAUCCAAUAGAGCAUCUUUGGGAUGUGGUGGAACGGGAGAUUCGCAUCAUGGAUGUGCAGCCGACAAAUCUGCGGCAACUGUGUGAUGCCGUCAUGUCAAUAUGGACCAAGCUCUCUGAGGAAUGCUUCCAGCACCUUGUUGAAUCUAUGCCACGAAGAAUUGAGGCAGUUCUGAAGGCAAAAGGGGGUCCAACCCGUUACUAGCAUGGUGUACCUAAUAAAGUGGCCGGUGAGUGUAGAUUACAGUCAGGUACCACCCAUUCCCACAGACACACUCUUGCCACAAACUUUGGUGGGUUUCUGAACAGAUUCAGAGAGGAGGCUGCUGUUGCCAUAGAAACAUCAGCAGUCACAUCUGCGGAAAGACAAACAGUAACAUCUGAGUCAGUCUAAGAUGUUAAAAGGCCAUUUGUUUUCCUCCAUGGGGGAAUUUAUCUCAAUAUAAAGUUUAUGACUGUGGACGUGUUCAUCAGAAAGAGGAAACUGACAUACAGUCAAUGACAUCAGGGUUAUCUCUGCACUUGACCAGAGCCCAGUGAUUACUAAUGGGAAGUCCCAUAACAAGCUAGGGGUUAGAGGUUUGAAAAGUGUGAGUGAAAUAUCAGGAAUGGGGAUUCAAAUAAAAACUACAGGAUGUUGCAUCAUGGGAAGUGUAGGACCCACAGAAAAAGUGCCCACCUUUAAAUUUAAAUCGGAGGAUUUUUAUUUGUGUUGAUCCUGGUACCCUCUUGUGGACAGAGCAGCACCUCUGUCCACUGUCCUGAUAUUGUCCCUUAAACAACUCUCAAAAUUCAAUUUUUUUCACCUUUUUUAAAAUUUUACAGUGCCUUUUUUAGCAGUAAAAUUAACAGGAAAAUGUGAAAUCAAGCUGCUUUAGCACCCAGUAGUUAAAGUUUUAAAGCUCCUGUGGGGAACUUUUAGUUUGUGUUGAUUUUGGCCCACCUCUUUGGACAAUACUUGACCUCUAAUUGCUUGUUUGUUCAUGUUCAGUAUAAAAUUAUAUUACAAAAAAACUUGUGCUUGAUCAUUUUUGUAUUUAUGAUACAUCAAGAACUUUGUGGUUGAAAAUUUCAUCUUCACCUGAAGUUGAAAGUGAGAAAUGUGUAGAGUUAAGCAAUCUUCUCCUCGAAAGUCUUGUUUGCUUUACUAUUUCAGUUAGAAGCAGUAUUACUGAUUUGAGUGUUUUCAUGACCAGAAAAAAAAUCCUUACAGGAGCUUUAAACUCUACAACUGGCACCUACCCCUUAAUGCCAGCAGUUACGGGCAUUAAAAAAAAAAACCACUUUAAAAAGAGAUAAAUCUUUGUGCCAGUGUACUUUUUUUGCUUUUGUGACCCAUACAGUGGCAUCAGUUUCAUUUUCAUUCUGUACUGUGACAACCUAAAAACUUCUCACAGAAGCUUUAAAUACUUAAAAGCCAUACAUUGGGAUUUGCUAAACAGUGAUGGAAAACAUAAACACAUAAAUUAUGAUUGGCAAGUGGUCAAAGUGCAGCUGUUUGCUAGGGGGAUAAAGGUUGGCUCUAGCUCCAUCUCUUUGCCUGUUUGCUAGGUCAAAUAAAGUUAGGUUGGCUUCAGAAGUCCACCCCAAAAACCAAUGUCAAUAUUUCCGUGAUACAUGCAGUAUACAGUCACUUAUUUCUUCUACAUGCUGAGGUUAAUGCUGAUUUUAUCUGCCUGUGACAGACAGUUCCUGUGGAGCUUCCGUCUACCAGGUGAAGCCCAGAAAAUUGACCGAAUGAUGGAGGCCUUUGCUACACGCUACUGUGACUGCAACACUCACGUUUUUCAGUCGAUCGGUGAGCCUCAGUAAUUCUAUCUUGUUGAUCAGGCAGGCCUUUUAGUACAGUACAUGUUUGUGUGUGAGGAAAUUUGUGUUCAUGAGAUGCAUAUGGUAAGAUUUCAUUUCCUCCGUUUCUUUUUUAGCUUAUUUUUUACUCACUCUAAAUUUAUGUGAACUACAUUUCCUAGAAUCUGAUGAUCAUUGCAUUACUUCCUCUUAUGUUUCGUAUGUGAUCAUUUCCUCUGCAAAUCCAGACACGUGCUACAUCCUGUCAUUUGCCAUCAUCAUGCUCAACACCAGCCUGCACAACCCCAAUGUGAAGGACAAGACCACUCUAGAGCGCUUCAUCUCCAUGAACAGAGGAAUAAACAAUGGAGGGAACCUACCUGAUGACCUCCUCUCGGUGAGAAACACCAGCCAACCACAGAACCCCUCAAAAAAUCCAAGGUGUCAGAAAAAGUGGCCAUCUUUUCUUAAUUUGAGAUAAAUGAUGAUCAUUUCUACAGUCUAUUUAUGAAAUCCUUUUUUAAUCCUGCUUUAAAUAUAGACAAGCUCAUACCACUGUUUGAGAGCUUUGCACUGUUUCAAAUCAUUAAAACAGCAAGUAAUGGUCCACACAAGGAUACCCUGUUGUGAUAAUGAAACAUUUAAAACACAAGUUUGUCAGGGAUAAAAGCUAAUACAGAGGACUAACCCUUCCUCAAAACUAAGCAGUCGUUUUGUGGGAACUACAGCUAUACUGAUUAAUUUCUUUGACUUGUUCUUCUUUUUGUGGGGUGGGGGCUCUAAGCUCAGUCCCUAAUGUCCUCUUGUCCAGUUUAAAGGAAUGCAUUACUUGUAUUUUGAGUAACAAAUGUAUGUGCAACAUGGAAAAUAUGGACUUUCAAUUCACCUUAAAGAUCUCCUUUAGUCACUGUCUUGUUUUAAAUCACCUCUUUUCAUCUCCACCAUUUGCAAUUGCCUACAGGUCUUCUGUUUGUCACUUUCCUGCUUUGGAAACAUUAUCUCACGACCCUCACACUACAUGGAACAGAAACACACACACACAUAACCACAGCCAGCUCAUUCUCAGGCUCAGCUGCUUUAGCACCCAGUAGUUAAAGUUUUAAAGCUCCUGUGGGGAACUUUUAGUUUGUGUUGAUUUUGGCCCACCUCUUUGGACAAUAGUUGACCUCUAAUUGCUUGUUUGUUCAUGUUCAGUACAAAAUUAUAUUACAAAAAAACUUGUGCUUGAUCAUUUUUGUAUUUAUGAUACAUCAAGAACUUUGUGGUUGAAAAUUUCAUCUUCACCUGAAGUUGAAAGUGAGAAAUGUGUAGAGUUAAGCAAUCUUCUCCUCGAAAGUCUUGUUUGCUUUACUAUUUCAGUUAGAAGCAGUAUUACUGAUUUGUCCAGUUUGUCCUCUUGUCCAGUUUAAAGGAAUGCAUUACUUGUAUUUUGAGUAACAAAUGUAUGUGCAACAUGGAAAAUAUGGACUUUCAGUUCACCUUAAAGAUCUCCUUUAGUCACUUUCUUGUUUUAAAUCACCUCUUUUCAUCUCCACCAUUUGCAGUUGCCUACAGGUCUUCUGUUUGUCACUUUCCUGCUUUGGAAACAUUAUCUCACGACCCUCACACUACAUGGAACAGAAACACACACACACAUAACCACAGCCAGCUCAUUCUCAGGCUCAGCUUCCACCCACGGGUCAGUCAGAGUUAUCAGUGGUCUGUGUAGGGUAUUAACAGUGUCACAAGCUGUGGGCUAAACUCACUGGCGUCCAACUCGAGCAGAAACAGAUGACUCAGUGUCACUCUUGACAUGGUUGUGCAUGAGGUGCUGUGCUGCAUUUAAAAAACAAAAAAAAACAAAAAACAUUUCUGCCUCUUUACACUCAGAAACUGUACGAGAGCAUUCACAACGAGCCAUUCAAAAUCCCAGAGGAUGAUGGGAAUGAUCUGACACACACCUUCUUCAACCCAGACAGAGAGGGCUGGCUCCUCAAACUCGGUAAAACACCUCUACAAAUCAAUCUCUUUGGAUGCCAUUGAAAAGCAUAGGCAAAAUUUUGACCAGAAGAUGUUUCAGUGUAUUACUUCAAGCUACAACAUGAGACCAAAAACAGGAAAGCACGGAGGAAGCAGUCAGACAAUGAACCAAUAAUGGAAUAUACCCACAUAAGUUUGCAUGCAAACCACAGCACAUGAGGUUAUGAAGAAGUUACUGCAGACGAAAUAACCACCAAGCUCUGCAUUACGGUCAGCUAGCUGUGCUGUUGCGUAACUUUUAAAAGCUUGUUAGUUUCCUGACAUUAAUAGCUCUACACUCACAUCUUAACAUUUGCUUUACCUGUGUUUCAGGAGGUCGGGUUAAGACGUGGAAAAGAAGGUGGUUCAUCCUAACCGACAGCUGCCUCUACUACUUUGAGUUCACCACUGUAAGAGCUUUAACUUAGACCAUCUUUAAACACUCCCCUAUUUAACGACUGAGUGGUUUUUAGGCUAUGCAACUCAGAGCUGUCCAUCUUGUAUAAAUAGGACAAAUUCUUCAUUUCACUGUCCCUGAUUAACAUGAAGCCACGUAGCGAGCGAAAGAGAGACUAAACCAUAUUUGAAGUUACAAGAACAUGGAUGACAGCCUCAUAGCUGCUAAUGUUAGCAUUUAGCCACUACCCAGUUAACAACUGGGCCCGUUUGUUUUAAAACAAUGGAUACUUUGAGGUUUGAGCAACAUUCACACCUGCAAAAUGAUUAUUUUAGACUUCAUAAUUUUUUUUUCUUCCACUCCUGAUUUCUUUUGGUUUUGUUUUCUACAGGAUAAAGAGCCCAGAGGCAUCAUCCCUCUGGAGAACCUGUGUGUAAGAGAAGUGCCAUACCCUCGUAAACCAGUAAGAUACUGUCUACUGUUAUUGUAACAGCUCUGUUAGCAAUGGGGAGGACUUUGAAUGUAACACUUAUGUCAGAUGGAAAACAAGACUCAGACGUUGAUCAACAUGUUGCUCUCGUGUCAUCUAGUACUGUCUGGAGUUGUACAACCCAAACAGCCGCGGGCAGAAGAUCAAAGCAUGCAAAACAGAGACAGACGGCAGAGUGGUGGAGGGGAAGCACCAGUCCUACACCAUCUGUGCAGCUAGCGCAGAGGAGAGAGACUCCUGGAUCGAGGCCAUCAGGUUUGACUGACCACCCACACGCACCAACACAAACAAAUACAUAUAUUUGAAUAUAUUUAUAUCCAAACACACACGCACACACGCAGAACAUGAAACACAUAAGAAGCCGAGCCAAAGAGACAGCUACCGGAUUGAAGAAAAUAGGCACAAAGAAGCCUCAACCUGCAACACAGUGUCAGUGGGAUUUUAACAGGAAAGUUAUGGAGGACAGGACCUCAUAACUGUGCUUCUGUUAUUUUCAGGGUCUGAAAUUGAAAAGGAGAUUAAUGUCAAGACUUCAUGUUGAAUAUGAAUACUCUGAUAUGAAUGUGUAUCACCUCUACUUUGAUAGUAGGCUGAUGUGAAAGCACUGCAGCAUUUACCUCUGUGGUUUUUUAAGGUACAAAUCAGUCUUGAAAACAGUCCACACCCAACAUCACAGCUGGGUGAAGUCAGGUGUGGCCUCCUCUGCUUGAAACCACAUCCAGAUGUAGACAUGCGCUGUGAUACACAGGAUGUUAAAAAAAAAAAAAAGCGGCAGCAGUUUUGACAACUAUAUUUCAACACAUGCAUGAUAACUUUUACCUGUUAAAGAAACACCAGACCCUUUGGUUUGGGUACAUCACAUUAACAGGUUAUUCAGACACAAAUAUAACAAGAAAUGGUCUUUGCAUUGAGUCUGGGAGUAUUUUGGUUCUGGUUUUGUCUGAACUAACUAAGAAAGCAUCUGUGAGGACUUUUUUAUGUUACAAAACAAAGUAAAAUGCAUAGUACUGAAUAGGAUUUCAUGAAAGUAUGACAUUUACAAAGUUGAAAUAACCUUCUUCUUCUUCUUCUUCUUCUUCUUCUUCUUCUUCUUCUUCUUCUUCUUCUUCUUCUUCUUCUGCUUCUUCUUCUUCUUCUUCUUCUUCUUCUUCUUCUUCUACAUCAAAUCAUAAAUCUAUCAACAUUUAAGUCAAUUUAUCCCUCUCUGUGAGGACUUGCUAUAAAAGAGUGAAAAUGGGCUGUGUCUUCAGCACACUGUCAAUCAUCUGAUUCUACACCCAGUUUAAAAAUACAACAGAGACAAUAUCUGUCUUGUUGCUGGUAGUCUUAUUUGGUUUUAACAGUCAUACAGAGGUGUCAGUAUCAGUUUCAGACUGUUGAGCAGUCAGUCAAAAACUCAUCAUAUUGCCUUUAAGUCACACACAAAUACUCUUGCACUGACCACUUAAUAACUUUCUUUUCUUUUUCCUCCAAACAGAGCAAGUAUCACCAAGGAUCCUUUCUACGACUUGGUCUCAGUGAAAAAGAAGAAGGUGAUAAACCAAGCCCCCCAGGACUGAGCAGUCCACUAGCCCCUUCAUGGACAUUUAUAAUUCUUCUCCAGAGAGGGAUUUGGUUCUUCUUAAUGCUGCAGUCAAGGUGCCGGCGGCUAGACUCAGACGGUGAAUGCUGAGUCUAAAAUGAGGACUUCUCUUUCCACUUCUCUUUUUACAGACUGAGCUUUACAGGGUCAAAGGGGAAAAAACAGUGACUCAUUUUUGAUGCCCUCUCUGUCAGUUUUAGAAAGACUGUCAGUUGGAGCGCUGUUGAAAUAAACGGAAUAUUUGUCAGCACACGCACAGAGACAAAUCCUUAUUUUUUGGCUGUGUAGUUUCUGCAGUGUUUCACUUCUUCUGCUACUAUGAAACAUCAGCUCUGGGUUAAAGUUGCCAGUCUUUUCACAAGAUUUUUUUAGUAGGAUCAAGGAGGGAAAUGAAUAAGGGGCAGACAUUUCUAAGUUUCUUCAAAGUUCUCAUUUAACUCAAUAAUGGACACACAGAAGUCAAAUAAAAGAAAAAAGCUUGACUUCUUUUCAGUGUAUACAUUUCCUAAAUUAAUGUUUGUGUAUAUUGAUUUAUUCUCUUACAUUCUAAGAAGAUAUUUUGUUGUUGUAAAGUUUCUUGUACUUUAUAGAUGACCUGCUUUGGUAAGACCAAACCUGCAGUUAUGUUGUGUUUAAUCUACAUUUGCAGCACAAUGCAAUUAGUGCAAUAUGCAUGCUAGCCACUCUGAUUUCAAGCAAAAUGUUCACUGUAAAUAAGAUGUAAUUUUGAUAAAAUCAUUAUUUAAUAAAAAACAAAAAUAUUCAAAUGUUUGUUGAAGUGAA